AUGACAGUCCUAUCGAAACUUGAUCUUGAUCUCGGCGCAAUCCGACAAGAGCAUGUUCUUCUGUGUCUUUCUGCAAUAGGUGUCAUAAUUGUUCUUCGAGUGGUUCUAGGUGUCGCUUACAAUAUUUUCCUUCACCCUUUGAAAAAAUUCCCUGGUCCGAAAAUUGCGGCCGCGACGAACCUCUAUUACUUUUACCGCCUAUUCUGUGGCGAGGAAGCUAAUUGGAUCGGUGAAUGCCAUGAAAAAUAUGGCGAGGUCGUCCGAUUCGCUCCUGGAAAAUUGAGUUACAUUUCUCCGCAAGCAUGGAAAGAUAUUGCUGGUCACCGUACAGGAGGACGCCUAGAAUUCCAAAAAGACAAGAAGACCUACGGUCCUGAUAUUAACGGCGACUAUAACAUUGUAGGGGAACCAACAUCAGAAUCGCACAGUCAGGUCCGCAGGGUAUUCGCCAACGCAUUCAGCGAUAAGGCCUUGAAACUUCAAGAACCCCUUAUCUCUUUUCAUGUCAAUAAGUUGAAGAAAAUAUUUGACAAACAUGUGGCUACGGACCCAGAGGCUCACAUUGACCUUGUAAGGUUAUUCAAUUGUGCAACUUUUGACAUCAUGGGAGAUCUCACCUUUGGGGAGCCAUUAGGUAUGUUGGAUACAGGCAAGUAUACGCCAUGGGUCAAAGCGGUCUUUGAGAGUAUCAAAGUUAUUGCCCUGUUUCGCCUGGCAAAACAGUACUCUGCAUUGGGGUUCUUCAUGAAGGCACUCAUGCCUCCAUCUAUACGCGGUAAAGACCUCGAACAUUUCCGGCACGCCUCUGAUCGCGUGGAUAAACGACUGGAGAAAGGGACUGACAUCGGUAAAUCUGAUAUCUGGAAGCUUGUUAUAGAGAACCAGAAAGUCCAAUUGCCUCUCUCAAAGAUGCAUGCAAACGCUUCAGUCUUCAUGAUCGCUGGCACCGAAACAACAGCGACGUUAUUAAGCGGAAUGACAUACUUGCUUCUUACUCAUCCAGACAAGUUGAAGAAAGUCGUCGAAGAAGUGCGCGCUCUGCCAAAGGAAGACCUAUCGCUUGAGGUAUUACCACGUCUGCAAUAUUUGAGUGCAUGCUUCCAGGAAGCCUUUCGACUCUAUCCACCAGUACCAAUCGGCUUACCUCGACAAGUGCCACAGGGAGGCGGUGUCAUAUGUGGUGAAUGGGUGCCAGAGAAGACAAGCGUUGCUGUAUCUCAAAGAGCUGCAUAUUACUCUUCCAAAAACUUCAAAGAUCCAAAUGACUUCGUUCCUGAGCGAUGGCUACCUGGUACUGGAUACGACACAGAUAGGAAAGACGUGUUACAGCCUUUUUCUUUUGGGCCACGUAACUGCAUUGGAAAGAAUCUAGCAUAUCAUGAGAUGCGUAUCAUCGCCGCUAUGUUAUUAUGGAAUUACGAUCUUGAACUAAGCCCGGAGAGUAAAAACUGGAUAGAUCAGAAGGCAUACAUUCUGUGGGACAAACCAGUACUAAUGGUAAAGCUUAUACCUGUUCGGACAUGA